AUGUUCGGAAUGGAUCAAAAUAAUAGUAAUGCUUCGAAUUCGACAGAACAAACCGAUUUUUGUGUCGUUUGUGGCGAUAAAGCUAUAGGGAAGCACUAUGGUGCAGUUGCAUGUAAUGGAUGUAAAGGAUUUUUUAGAAGAAGGUAUUUAUUAUCUCAUUCGUAUCGCAAGAGCUAUCUGAAUGAGAUAUUAUGA